UAUUUUUUAUUUCGUUGCGAGGACGGAGGAGGCGUUUUUACAUUUCCGACCUUCCAAAGAGAGAAGAGGCAGUUAGACUACUGGACUGGAAGCUGAGUUUCCAUUUCCUUCUCCAGAGCAGACUGAGCGAGCCGAACCAGUACCAAAACAACGUCGUCGAUUGUUUCUCGCACUUCUCACUUCCGCCAUUUUCCUCUCGAACUCCGCCUUUGGUUUUCCCAGCUGUUUCCUCCGAUUAUCGGUACGUGUGGAUUUGUUUGGGAUUUUGUGAAAUGUGAACGAACUGGCGUAUGUGUGAAUUUAUGCAUGUUGUGCGAAGGUGUUUGUCGAAAAAUCGAGCGAGGAAUGAGAGUGUCAAUGUGAUGCUGAUUGCGGUUAUAGGCGUUUGAGUGUGGUUUUUUUAGGCUGCUGUUCGAAUAUGGAUUUUCUGUGUAGUUUUCAGCAGCCAAAUGUGUUAUAUGGCAGUGAAGGGGCUAGUUAUAAGAGGUUGAAUUGCUUUAGUAGUUCACCGAUUAUCUUUGGGAGUAAAGAUGUUAGUUGUAACUUUCUGGGUAAUUCGAGAAUUGUUGUGAAAGCAUGGUCAGGUAAGAAGUUGAAGAGAACUGUCUGUGUAAGUGGUUGUAGGAUUUCACGUUUGACCUAUAGAGAAAAAGCUGAUGAUCGUUUGUGGAAUUCGAAUCCGAAAGUGCCUUUAUCUUGUAACUUUGGUAGUGUUUUCAAAGGGUCAAGAACAGUUUGGUGGUCGCGGUGUCAGAGUAAUGACUCAUUAGCGUAUGUUAAUGGAAAUGGUCAGAAUGUGGAAUACCUAGAAGGUCAUGAUGAGAGCUCAGGAGUUGGGUCUGUUCAUGAUGCCGAGUUGAGUGAUUCCAGAGAAGAAGAUGGAUAUGAAGAACAAAAAGAAGAACCAGAGGCACCUACAUUGGAUGAAUUGAACGAAUUGCUGCAAAAUGCCAUGAAAGAGCUUGAAGCUGCACGACUUAAUAGUACCAUGUUUGAAGAAAAGGCUCAGAGAAUAUCAGAAGCCGCGAUAUGCCUACGGGAUGAAGCAGCAAAUGCUUGGAAUAAUGUUAACUCAACCCUUGAUACUGUCCAAGAGAUCGUUCAUGAAGAGACUAUUGCCAAAGAAGGCGUUCAGAAAGCAAAAAUGGCACUUUCAUUAGCAGAGGCAAGGCUUCGGGUGGCAGUGGAAUCUUUACAGGUUGCAAAAAGAGAGACCAAUUCUUCUGAAAUUUCACAAGAGAAUGAUGGGGAACAUGAUUGCAAAGAAGAAGAAAAAGCACUUUUGGUUGCCCAGGAAGAUAUUAAGGAAUGCCAGGCGAAUUUGGCCAACUGUGAGGCAGAGCUAAUGCACUUGCAUAGUAAAAAAGAGGAGUUGCAGAAGGAAAUGGACAGGUUGAAUGAGGUUGCAGAGAAAGCACAGCUCAGUGCUUUGAAAGCAGAAGAGGAUGUAACCAACAUAAUGCUUUUAGCAGAGCAAGCUGUUGCUUUUGAACUUGAAGCUGCAAAGCAUGUCAACGAUGCAGAAAUUGCAUUACAAAGAGCACAGAAAUCUAUCUCCAACUCAAUGGUUGACACCACAGAAAACAACCAAGGACAGGUGUUGAGUGAUGAUAAUCCUGCUCUUGAGGAAGGGGAGACGGUAGUCCUAGGAAGUUCUGCUGAUAUCAUUGUUGAAAGGGACAGAGAUGUGGUAAUUGAUGGUGAUUUGUUGGCUGUCAAGCCUUUGGCAGACAGCCCUUCUGACAAAAUCAGCCAGAGUUUUGAAGACGCAAGUCAAUUUGUUGAUUUGAGUGAUCAUGAGAAUGGAAAGUUAAGUUUGGAUUCUCUAAAAGACGCUGACGUAGAAGCUGAAAAGUCAAAGAAUGUGGUUCAAGCUAAAAAGCAGGAAACUCAGAAGGACUUGAGUAGGGAGAGUUCACCGUUAAAUUCUCCAAAGACAUUAUUGAAGAAAUCUUCUCGUUUCUUUUCUGCAUCUUUCUUCUCUUCUGCUGAUGGGACUCCGACAUCAGUUUUCCAAGGUCUGAUGGAGUAUGCAAGGAAGCAAUGGCCAAAGCUGGUUGUCGGGAUGUUCCUAUUUGGAGUAGGGCUCACCUUUUAUGCUAAUCGAGUGGAAAGGGCCACACAACUGUUACAACAGCCAGACGUCAUCACCACUAGUAUUGAAGAAGUUUCCUCAAGUGCGAAGCCUCUAGUUCGAGAAUUACAGAAACUUCCUAGAAGAAUUAAAAAACUAAUUGAUAUGAUUCCUCAUCAAGAGGUGAAUGAGGAGGAAGCUUCUCUUUUUGACAUGUUAUGGUUAUUGUUAGCAAGUGUGAUAUUUGUGCCUGUAUUUCAAAGAAUUCCUGGAGGCAGUCCUGUUCUUGGGUAUUUAGCUGCUGGCAUCUUGAUUGGGCCUUAUGGCCUCUCUAUUAUUCGUCAUGUACAUGGGACAAAGGCAAUUGCUGAAUUUGGGGUUGUUUUCUUGCUGUUCAACAUUGGCCUCGAGCUUUCUGUUGAAAGGUUGAGUUCAAUGAAGAAAUAUGUAUUUGGAUUAGGCUCUGCUCAGGUUUUGGUGACAGCUGUUGUGGUUGGUGUGGUUGCUCAUUAUGUUUGUGGGCUGCCUGGACCUGCUGCAAUAGUAAUUGGCAAUGGUCUGGCUUUAUCAUCCACUGCAGUUGUUCUGCAGGUCUUGCAAGAGCGGGGUGAGAGCACUUCACGUCAUGGCCGUGCUACGUUUUCUGUCCUACUUUUCCAGGAUUUGGCUGUUGUGGUUUUGCUAAUUCUUAUACCUCUGAUUUCACCAAAUUCAUCCAAAGGAGGGAUUGGUUUUCAAGCCAUUGCUGAAGCUCUUGGACUUGCUGCUGUAAAGGCAGCAGUUGCCAUCACGGCCAUAAUUGCUGGUGGACGCUUGCUGCUUCGACCAAUUUAUAGGCAAAUUGCAGAAAAUCAAAAUGCAGAAAUAUUUUCUGCCAAUACUUUGCUUGUUAUUCUAGGAACAAGUCUUCUCACUGCCAGGGCUGGACUAUCUAUGGCAUUGGGAGCAUUUUUGGCUGGUUUGCUUCUUGCAGAAACUGAAUUUUCUUUACAGGUUGAGUCCGAUAUUGCUCCAUAUCGUGGUCUUCUACUGGGCCUCUUCUUUAUGACGGUUGGAAUGUCUAUUGAUCCGAAACUUCUUCUUUCAAACUUCCCGGUUAUAGCUGGAUCAUUAGGACUUCUGAUUGGUGGGAAAUCCUUAUUGGUUGCUUUGAUUGGCAAACUAUUUGGCGUUUCAAUAAUAUCUGCAAUAAGAGUUGGUCUUCUUCUUGCUCCUGGUGGAGAGUUUGCAUUUGUUGCAUUUGGUGAAGCUGUUAAUCAGGGAAUAAUGACUCCUCGGUUAUCAUCUUUGCUUUUCCUUCUUGUUGGAAUUUCAAUGGCCAUCACACCAUGGCUAGCUGCUGGAGGGCAGUUAAUUGCAUCUCGUUUUGAGGUGCAUGACGUUCGAAGUUUACUACCAGUCGAGAGUGAGACGGAUGAUUUACAAGGUCAUAUAAUCAUCUGUGGAUUUGGGCGAGUUGGCCAGAUAAUUGCACAGCUUCUUUCUGAGAGUCUAAUUCCAUUUGUAGCUCUUGAUGUGAGGAGUGAUAGAGUGGCAGUCGGACGCUCGCUGGACCUUCCAGUCUACUUUGGAGAUGCUGGUAGCCGAGAGGUGCUCCACAAAGUUGGUGCUGAAAGAGCAUGUGCUGCAGCAAUCACUUUAGAUUCUCCUGGUGCAAACUAUAGAACUGUUUGGGCUCUGAGCAAGUAUUUCCCUAACGUGAAAACUUUUGUCCGUGCUCAUGAUGUUGAUCAUGGUCUUAAUUUGGAGAAGGCUGGGGCUACAGCGGUUGUCCCAGAGACCUUGGAACCUAGUCUACAGUUGGCAGCUGCUGUCUUAGCUCAGGCUAAGCUACCCAUGUCAGAGAUCGCAUCAACAAUCAAUGAGUAUAGGUCCCGUCACCUUGGUGAGCUAACUGAGUUAUGUGAAACUAGCGGAAGUUCUCUUGGCUACGGGUUUUCUCGAAUGAUGAGUAAACCCAAAACUCCGACUCCGGAUUCCACAGAUGAGAACCAGUUCACUGAAGGAACGCUGGCCAUCUAGAUGGUGGCAAACACGGUAAAUGAUAAAAGGAAAAUGUAGAAACAGCUCGAGAACUGUAUAGCAGAUUACUUCUUCGAUUUUGGACCCGAAACAGAAAUGAUUCAUCUUCCAAUGGGUAUUAAAUUGUACAGAAAUUACACCGAAGAGGCAAUCAAUAGCAAACAGUCGGCUGACAAACUUUUGUUCCAUAAACUUUGUUGAACAAACCUAUAUUCUUGAUGCAUCCUUCUGUCUCAAGGCACCACCUUUUUGUUUUGGGCUGUGUCGGGGUCCAAAGUAUAGAAAACCGUAAAUUUCCCAACCUUUUGUUGGUAUUUAUAUUACUUUAUGUUUCUUUAUUGCUUGACGAAAAUACGGUGCUACGCGGUUUAUGGCUUUGUGGGCUGUAGAGCGAAAAUUAUGUAUCAUUUAUGGUUCAAACGAUGUUAUCCUCAAAAUGGGUUGGCAAAAAUAUUGUUCAAA